CACUGCUAUUGGCUGAUUGGGCCCUACGCUUCAAUUACAAUCAACGUUCGGUUGAAAUGGCGGAAGCAGGCAAGAGGAGCGACAAAGACUGCGUGUAUGAGGUAGAAAAAGUACUAAACAGAAGAAGAAAUAAAUAUGGAAAAAUUCAGUACUUGGUGAGGUGGAAAGAUUUUACUAGUGAUGAUGAUACUUGGGAACCAUUGAGUAACCUUAGCGACUGUCUCCAACGUGUGGAUGAGUUUAAUGAACGAUUAUACGAUGCCAAAGGAAGCCAAAAGAAUGCAACAAAAGAAAAAAGUAUGGCAGAAAAGAAAUUUGCUAGUAGAGGUAUCAAACCGAGAACGGAGAAACAUAAUAAUAAUGGUUUAAAUCAUAGAACAAAAAGGAGAGUACAACAAGAGAAAUGUAAUUCUUCGUCAGUGAAUAUGCCUGUAACCAAUGGGUGUGACUACUCACAAAAACAAAGGGACUCGCCACGCUCGUCGUCUGACGUGGAAUAUGGGAGAGACACGACAACGGAUGUCAGCUCUCCAAACUCUGUAGCGGAUAUCUGUACAAAUGUGAAACGGUCUCUCAAUCGUUCUUUUUCUGUAUCAAACAAUUAUUUUACAAAUUCACAAGGUGCUGAUUCGGAAGCCACGCCCAGGAAACGCCAUAGAUUAUUAAGUUUACAUGGUAGUAGUGAAAAAUACUACAGAGGUGUUCAGAAUCCAGUAAGUAUCAUUCAAACAACAACAAGUUUGCCAUUCUCAAAAACUUUUAUUAAACAGCUUUCCCCAGUUGUGAAACUCCACGAUAUAACAAGCCCGUCAAUGCGUUCCCAGUUCAAUGGGGUAAAGAGAUUGCAUAUGCAUCUUGAAAAUGAUAAAGAACCUACUGAAGAUCAAAAGGAUAGGCGAACCAGUUUGAGACAUGACUUUUUGUACAAGUUCAAAGAGAUAGUGGUGCGGAAAUAUGCUGGCUACACCCAGGUCUGGUUCUUCACAAGCUCAACUGUUAGAAACUCACUUAAUCCAAAGGUAUUCAAUGAGUUAACAACAAUCUUAACGAACUCAAAAAAGGACAAAAGUACUCAUGUUGUCCUCCUUAAUGGAGCAGGCAAUAUCUUUUGUUCAGGUUUGGAUUUACGGUACCUUGCUCAUCGCUCUUAUGAAAUCCGAAGAAAAAGAAGCAAAGAAAUGGCAGAGGCAUUAAGGAUAUUCAUCGACACACUGAUUAACUUCCCAAAGAUAAUCAUAGCCGCGGUGAACGGUGCAGCGACUGGCUUAGGCGCAGCAAUACUGCCCCUAUGCGACAUCGUAUAUGCCUCUGAUAAGGCCAUCUUCUCCACGCCGUAUGGUAGCCUAGCGCAAGUACCGGAGGGCUCCUCUUCCGUGACAUUUCCAGCAAUUAUGGGACAUGCCCUGGCCAAUGAAAUGCUGAUUGGAGGACGUAAGCUGACAGCGUUAGAAGCCUAUGCCUGUGGCCUCGUGUCUCAUGUAUUCUGGCCUACAAGCCUUAUGCAAGAAGUGAUACCUAGAGUCCAGAGUAUUGCUGCCAAUUCCAGCAAGGCAAUGGAAAUGUCCAAAGCCCUUAUCAGAAAUAACAGCCGUGCCAAGAUGGAGAACGCUAAUGAAAAUGAGUGCUCUAAGCUGGCUGAAUGCUGGGCGUCUUCGGAAGGAUUAAAAGCCAUGCAGAGUUACAUUGAGAAAAACAGAGACACAUUCCUGUGACGGACGCGUUUGCUAUUAAAUCUGUAAAUGUAUGUAGCGCCAUCUACCAUUAGAUGACAUUGAAACUGGUUUUUAUUACAGCUGGUCCAAGAAUUAAAGGUGUAAGUGUUGCCAGUACAUACAGUACCACCAUACUGUAGUCAGUAUUGCUAAAAGUCUACCCACACUAUCCUAUAAGUAUACCCAUAUAUGGGUAUCAUGAUGCUAUAUACACCCAUAUAUGGACAUAUCAGAUCAGAAUACUUGACUGUGUGUCCAGAGCUUCAUGUAUACUACCUUUAUUAAUGGAAAAGUUUAUAUGUAAUCCAGUCUGCUAUGUUUGGUGCACUGUGUGCCGGUCGUCAACCGAUGCGGUUCUAACGCAAAGAGGCGCGCACAGCAGAUCAUAUUUAAUGACAAUCAAUCACCGACAAUCAGUGUUACAUUGUUAGUGCUCACAGAGAAAAGAGAUGGAUUCAUCCUCCGACGGUUUUGUGACUAUCUCGCAGCGCCUCGCUUCGAUAGUUGUAAUAGAAAAUAAACUCCUGAAGUGCUGAAAUUAGCCUCAAAAGGUGUUUGUAAUAUGCAUUUACUGGGUUUACAAGUCCGGUCAUGCUUUUUAAAAUUUUACAUUUUUUUUUUUGCAAUGUUCAUUGUGUUUUCUAGUGUCACCAUUUCUGUGCAUAAACAAAUAAAUAUUAAUUUUUCUAUUUAAAGGUAUAAUUGAAAGAUUUAGAGUUGUGCACUGUAUUUAUGAAGUAUAACAUGGUAGUAUAAUAAUUAAUAGUAAAUGAUGAUGAUAUUUAUUAUUAAUUAUAAUACCAUCUUUAUUAUUACUAUUUAUGUAUGUUUAUUUAAUUAUGUACAUUGUAUGUUUAUUCAAGUUUAUAUGUUGUCUGUGAUUUGAACAGAACCUGCUGUUGGUUGGCCUGAUUUUUCCGUGUUUCUUUAUUUUAAAUAUAAAUAUACAGUACAGUUAAUAGAUUACUGCAGGCAGCACAGCAACAUGUUUAAGAUAGCUGCUCCGUAGAUAAUGAUAGGACGCACAGAACGUAGUAGCACAUUGCUGCAGGCCAGUGGGCGUAUUUAGGAUUCUUGAAAUGCGGGGACUGAUGGGUGUACGACGAAGUGGGGCCUCGGUGAUUAAGUGAGGGAUGCUAGCUAGCUUGCGAAAUAAGGUGAUACGAGGUGAUUUUUAACUACGUAGGCAUAUUAUUUUUGCUUUUAACAUUUUCAUGUGUGAGUGGGGCGCAAGCCCAAAUAAUCUUUAGUGAAUCUCAGUAUGGUAAGUGGGAGGCAUGAAGAAAAAGGAAAGAGGAAUGUCAAAACAUGACAAUAUACAGAAGCAGAGUUGCAUAACAGGGCAUAUUCCCAGGCCUCCAAACUGAGGGGGCAGUGCUAAAAUGUACUUGUGCAAACAUGAUUUAAAAAGCUUCAAAAUGCCAAAGCACUUAAUAUUCAAAGAAAGUUGUAUGUUUUUCAGGGUGUGGUGCUGGGUGUAGUAUUUUUUUUUUAAUUUUCUGUUUUUGGUUUGAUUUCCCAUUUACUUAGCAUGUGUGCUUUCAUGUUGCAAUAGACCUUUCUUGAGUGUCAAUCAAACUUAACUGACCAAUCAGAGCCUGGAAUACACGCUUGCCCUAUGAACGUGUUGUGCGACAUAAGUACGCAAGAUUUUGCGUAU